CCGCGGGCCCGGGCCAUGGCGAUAGACCGGCGGCGCGAGGCGGCGGGCGGCGGGCCCGGGCGGCUGCCGCCCGCGGCGGAGGAGAACGGCGCCCUGCCGCCCGGGGACGCGGCGGCCUCGGCGCCCCUCGGAGGACGCGCGGGCCCCAGCGGCGGCGGCGACAUCCAGCCGCUGCCUGCCCCGCACGCCGCGGGCGGCCCGCACCCGAGCCUCCUGUUGCUGGACUACGACGGGUCGGUGCUGCCCUUCCUCGGGGGCCUGGGCGGCGGCUACCAGAAGACCCUCGUGCUGCUCACCUGGAUCCCGGCACUGUUCAUCGGCUUCAGCCAGUUCUCGGACUCCUUCCUCUUGGACCAGCCCAACUUCUGGUGCCGCGGGGCCGGCAGAGGCGCCGAGCAGGCUGGGGUCACGGGCGCGGGCCGGUGGGGCGGCGGCGACCUGGCCAACUGGACCAGCCCCGCGACCACCCCUGCCUCCACCGCCGCCUGGGGCACGGCGGGCCCCCUCAGCAACGGCAGCGGCGCGGACGGGGGCGACGCGCCGCCACUGCCGUCCCCUCCGGACAAGGGGGACAACGCCUCCAACUGCGACUGCCACGCGUGGGACUACGGCAUCCGCACAGGCCUGGUCCAGAACGUGGUCAGCAAGUGGGACCUUGUGUGUGAUAACGCCUGGAAGGUCCACGUCGCUAAGUUCUCCUUACUGGUGGGAUUGAUCUUUGGCUACCUGAUCACUGGAUGCGUUGCUGACUGGUUCGGCCGGCGGCCCGUGCUGCUCGUCUGCGUCGUCUCCAUCCUCAUCUUCGGCCUGGCCGUGGCGCUGUCCGUGAACGUGACCAUGUUCAGCACACUCAGGUUCUUCGAGGGCUUCUGCCUGGCCGGCGUCAUCCUCACCCUGUACGCGCUGCGAAUCGAGCUGUGCCCCCCCGGGAAACGGUUCACGAUCACGAUGGUGGCGAGCUUCGUGGCCAUGGCGGGGCAGUUCCUCAUGCCCGGGCUGGCCGCCCUGUGCCGGGACUGGCAGGUGCUGCAGGCCCUCAUCAUCUGCCCCUUCCUGCUCAUGCUGCUCUGCUGGUCGAUUUUCCCCGAGUCCCUGCGCUGGCUCAUGGCCACGCACCAGUUUGAGUCUGCGAAGAAGCUGAUCCUGUACUUUACGCAGAAGAACCGCAUGAGCCCCGAGAGCGACAUCAAAGGCGUGAUGCCCGAGCUGGAGAAGGAGCUUUCCCGAAGGCCCAAGAAGGUCUGCAUCGUGAAGGUGGUGGGAACCCGGAACCUGUGGAAAAACAUCGUGGUCCUGUGUGUGAACUCGCUAACCGGCUUCGGGAUCCACCACUGCUUCGCCCGCAGCAUGAUGGGCCACGAGGUGAAGGUGCCGCUGCUGGAGAACUUCUAUGCCGACUACUACACGGCGGCGGGCAUCGCCCUGGCAUCCUGCCUGGCCAUGUGCCUGGUGGUCGGGGUCCUGGGGCGCCGGGGAGGCCUGCUGCUCUUCAUGAUUCUCACCGCCCUGGCCUCGCUCCUGCAGCUCGGGCUGCUCAACCUGAUCGGCAAGUACAGCCAGCAUCCAGAUUCAGGAAUGAGUGACAGUGUCAAGGACAAGUUCUCCGUCACCUUCUCCAUCGUGGGCAUGUUCGCCUCCCACGCGGCAGGGAGCCUCAGCGUGUUUUUCUGCGCGGAGAUCACCCCCACAGUGAUAAGGUGCGGCGGGCUGGGGCUGGUGCUGGCCAGCGCGGGCUUUGGCAUGCUGACGGCGCCCAUCAUCGAGCUGCACAACCAGAAGGGCUACUUCCUGCACCACAUCAUCUUCGCCUGCUGCACGCUCAUCUGCAUCAUCUGCCUCCUGCUGCUGCCCGAGAGCCGGGACCAGAACCUGCCCGAGAGCAUCGCCGACGGCGAGCACUACACGCGCCAGCCGCUCCUGCCGCCCCGGCGCGGGGAGCAGCCGCUCCUGCUCACCAACGCCGAGCUCAAGGACUACUCGGGGCUGCACGACGCGGCUGCUGCGGGCGACGGGCUGCCGGAUGGCGCCACAGCCAACGGCGGGCGGCCCAUGUAGCCGGGCCCUGGGGGACCGGGGCUUGCCCAGGCCGAGCUCGGGAGACCCUGCUUCCCUGCGGCUGGUGUGGGGGCCCCUGCAGAACUCUGAGGAGCGUGUGUUGGAGGAAGCGGCCUUUGCAAACAACCCUUCCAAGAAGACUUUCUUUUCUGCCAUUAAAUGUCUGUAUUUAUUUUGGUCGUUUUUACAAAAGCAGCACUUUAUCCCCUUUCCCUUCACUGAUCUCAAGACAGAGCCACCUCCUUGGGAAGAGGGACGCAGUGGCGAGGACCCACCGUAAGGACCGCACAGCCCGGGCUCCCUGGGAGGUCAGCCAUGCGCUCAGAGCCAAGCGUCCCCGGCAGCCGUGCUGAGACCGGCCGGCCACCAUCCGGAGCAUUCCCGGGGCGGCGCUGCCGACACUGCAGUGGAAAUGGUUAGGGUUUGACCAGCGUCUGUGCAGGGUUUUUAAAGCAUCUGGUCCACGUGUGGGGCGGGGAACAGCUCACAGCAUCACUGAAACCAGCUUCAGCCUUCCUUCGAGACCAUCCUUUUACGCCUGAUGCUGAAAGCUCUUUCGGGGAAAAAUGUAACUAUUUCACCAGAAAUCUUAAGUGAUCAGUGGAGGCGUCGCCCGGCUCCAGCACAGGCUUGUGGCGCUAAGCCCCCAAGCAGCAGGCACAACGCGUCAGUUACUGUCGCUGCUGCUCCUCCUGGCUUGGCUCCAGCAGGGAAGUCCCUCUUUCACUGUCAGCUUUUCUGCCAGCACAAACUGAACCUGGCUACUUUCAACUAAAACCAAUAGGAAAUAACUACGUAGACGCCUGGGGCGGCCUCGCUCCGGGAGGGAGCCGAGCCCUCGAGGACACCGCCCGGCAGCUGCAGCCCAGCACACGCGCACAGAACACACCAGCCUGAAGGCCUCGGCGCCCGCUGGCCACCGGCAGAAACCACACAGCCUGCGGGGGAUGCUCCCGGGCCUGCUGCCUCCAUCAGCGCAGAGCUGGGCCUGCGGCGAGGAGGGGGCCCGCCUCCAGGAGCACCCAGACCCACUGAGAGAAGCAAUAACUCACCAAAGCUCGACCCCGCCUGCCCCGCCAUCCGAGGGCUUCCAUCCACCACAGUCCUCACCUCGUCCUCCUGCCCCCUGGCCAGGCUGCCUGCACCUGCCACACCUGCCUGGCUGUCUCAGAGGGGACCCGGGAGCUGCUGAGAAUCAAUGCACGCUGGCCGGCAGGCACCCAACCGGACAGCCUGGGUCCCUUCUGGAGCGCCUACUUCCCCACGCUGUGGCACCUCGGCCGUGGGCAAUGUUCUUCCAGGGAAAGCGUGGCCUCAGUCCCCAUGGUCUGUGUCUAGGUCCCACCCACCCUGCUCCUAAAGCUGGCAGACACUCUUAGGAACUGUGGACUCAGAAGUCUGUGACAUGAGCAAACGUGCAGGUGUGUGUGGUUCCAGCAGACACACCCCAUGGUCCCCGGGGCCACCAGCCUCAGGCAAGGAAGGCAGACUGCCAGGCCCCCCCUGCCCGCCCUUGUCUCCGUGUCACUGCUGUUCCCUGCGUCAGCCUGCACUCACCUCAAUCCACAGGCCCUCGCUACAUCUGUGCAGCUCCAGUGCCAAACCCGCGAGGUCCCUCCUGUCUUCCUGAGCCUACUGCCCGUGGAGCCCCCCCCGCAGCAAGGCCCGCCGUCCAGGACAGGACGCACGGCGCUGGGCCAUGGGGAAGGAGCCAGCAGGCUCCCCGGACCGCGCCUGUCACCCCAACACCAGGCCACGAGGGCCCUCCUGCCGGCCGUGCUGAGGCCACAGAGGGCGGCCAGCACCUCCAGGAAGCCGGAGGCACGCACGACACUCCCAGGCUCCCACUUCCACAUCUGACCUCCAUCCUAAAGGACAGCGGCAGACACAGGUCCCACGGAGACCCGCCACUUCAGCGGUCAGGACCAGCUCCUGGAUUCAAAGCAAAGCUGGCAGUGGGGGCUGGCCUCCUGGGACCCAGUUCCAGUGUGUGUGAGCGGAGUGACUUCUUGGCAAAGUAGCCCUGUGGCUCCUGCUCCCCCUCCCCCCUCCCCCUUCCCCUCCAACCCCCUCCAGGUCAGGCCAAGCCCCUGUCCCUGCUGGUUCCACCUAGGCACAGCCGCGAGAUGUGGCCAGAGCAGGAAAGCUCGCCGUGGGCUGAGCCAUGAGACCCCGCGCCACGUGAGCGAGGCAGCAGGGCCCUUCCGAGGGGCCAGUCUUGCCCCCCCCCACGGCCCCGUGGUCAUCAUGGACGCCUAGGCCCUGGUCCCCGCGCUCCGUGAGGAAGCACUUCUCAGGCACCUGCCGUUCCACGUCCGCCCUCCCAGCUCCUCUCCCUGCUCCCAGGAAGCACCCCGGCCUCCAGUCCCUCCAGCUGGGACCCCCUCCGGGAAGUCAGGCACAACGGGAACACUCUGCCCUCUGCGCUGUCUCCCAAGUCAGUAAUAGCUCAGCUCAUCCCGAGCACCCAGACAAACAGGGAAAGGCUUCAUUUUUAAGAGUCUCAUCACUUGCACGUUGGGGAAGAGGGGCUGCAAGCCGGCGCAGCCCCAGAGCAGAAAGCGACCUCGCAAAGGAUGCAGCACACGUCACCUCUCCCCAGAGCCAAACGGGACUGAGGCGCCCCGAACGGGGACCUGGUGGCCGCACAACCAGGGAAGGACGCAUCUGGGCCGGGGGAGGCGGGCCCGGCGUGGCGGGCUGUGCUGGCGGGGCGCCCCCUGUCCCCGCAGCCCCACCCUGGAGGCUUCCGUGCAAGAACCGGGUCGUGCUGGUUCUGACCCGUCCUCCACGCCCAUGUCUGCAUGACGUCACCGCUGUUGUACUUGGGGGGCGGGGGGGGUAGAUGUACAGAAAUAAAAGCAUUGCCCUGAACACGCUUCCUCUGCGGUGUCCCUACCUCACCUGAUGGGUCCAGCGAAGGGCGGCUCGCGACGCUGACCGAUAAACGCGCCUCGCUCCGGUCUCACCGUCAGCGCCCGGGCAGAGCCGGGGAGGCCGCCGCAGGGCCCAGCGCCGGCUGCUUCCUUGGUGCUGCUCUCAGGCCCCCGAGAGGCGGAUCUGAGUUCGUUUCCUGUGCACAGGUGUCCUGCUCACGGUGGCCUGAAGGUCCCGGGAGAAGUGACUCUCACUGUGACUCUGGGAGGAAAGACUGCUGACCAGGACUCUCUAACGUGGUAUUUUUUAACCGGAAAGCAAUAUUUCUUUAAUAAAGUAUUUAUACCAAA